AUGGUGACGGCAGCGCUGGAGGCGGGAUGGGGGACGGUGGUGGUGGAUGGCGCGGCGGAAGAAGGGGAGAUCGGAGCGGGAAAGAAGGGGAAGUGCAAGGGCGGGAAGGUCGGGGAGGAGAUGGUGGAGGGGGAGUCCGCGUCGCUCUUAAGUCGACUUGAAACGUCAUUCCGUCACGCACCGUCACUCCCCGGCACCUCCAACCCACCUCCCGUUCCACAUCCCCACACCGCCCCGCGUCCUUCCCCUCUUCCCCCCUCCUCUCGCCCCCAGUCGCAACCCGUUGCCGCGCGGCAGAACUGGGUUGCGCGUGGUGACGCGGAGAGGCGCGGCGGUGUACGGUGCGGGGGGGGGGAGAGGUUGGCGGCGUGGGUGCGCGUGGCGAGAGCGGCGGAGCAGGAAUCCAUGUGCGCGCUGGCGUGGCGAGAGGACGUUGUGGUCAUGGACGCCGCGGACUGGAAGGUGCGCGCCGUGUGA